AUGUCGCCCACCAACCCCAUCAACGUCCGCCCACUCGCACCACCAACUCCGUCAUCAUCCUCCGAGCUUCCAUUCAAACCCCCCAUGCUCGCUCCUCCACGGGCCCUCGCCCAGCUGCUGCGCGCUACAACCAAAACACGACUCAGUGCUAGCAAGUAUCAUUACGCACCCCCGACACCGGUCAUCCCCCAGAAGUUGAGCAUCGCGACGACCGCCGCCGCCGCCGCCACCGCGACAAUGGACUACGCCAGCAUACCCACCCCGGAGGCGUGCUACGUCGACUUUUGCCUUAUACCUGUCGGCACGGGCAAGACUUCGGUCGCGGAAGAGGUCGCCGAGGUGCAGCGCGUGUUGCAGGCCAGCGGGCUCAAGUACACGAUGCACUCGGCCGGCACGACUGUCGAGGGCAACUGGGACGAGGUGCUCGCCGUGGUGGGCAAGGCGCACACGGCGGUGCACAGGCGCGGCGUCGUGAGGGUGCAGUCGUCGAUGCGCGUCGGUUCGCGGACGGACAAGAAGCAGACGGCAGAGGACAAGGUCAAGAGGGUGGAGGACCUGCUUGCGCAGGGAGACAAGAGUUAA